AUGAGCAUAAGUUCGGAGAACGUUGAACAAGAGUAUGUUCACUCAAUUUAUUCUCGAUUGGCGACAUAUCAACAAAAGGAUCACAAACCAUCCUCUCCGCGUAUCUGGCCACGUGUUCGUCAAUUCGUUGAUCAACAAUCUAUAGGGAGUGUUAUCUUGGAUGUAGGAUGUGGAGAAGCUAAGUAUACAUCUCAAAAAUGCCACGUCAUCGGUUUUGAUACGUGUUCAGAAGUUCUCAGUUCGAGUAAGAAAGAAAAUAUUGAAUUGUGUUUGGCUGAUGCUGUCAAUAUUCCGAUUCGAGAUGGAAGUGUAGAUGCAAUUCUUAAUGUUUCUGUAAUUCAUCAUUUGGCGACAACUUCAAGAAGAAGACAAGUUUUACAAGAAUGUUCUCGUUGUCUUCGAGUUGGAGGUCAAAUGUUAAUUUAUGCUUGGGCUUUCGAGCAGCCUAACGGAAAAUUCGCUGCUCAAGAUAUCCUUGUCCCAUGGAAUAUGCAUGAAACUGCAAUUGGAGGACGACUUCCAAAAGUGAAAUUUCAUUUGAAUACAACAAAAGAACAAAGAAUUAUUGCUGCAUCGAUUCCAGUUAACAUUUCUGAUAAAUCCAUUGCACAAAGAUGGUUUUCUGGAGUUUUGAGUAAAGUCACAUCUCUCACUGACCAGCUUCCAUAUUUUUCAAAAAGAUGUCCAAGUUCUUCUGGAUAUAAGAGUAACCAGAGUACCCCAACUGGAUCUGAUUCGCCUCUAAUGGCUCAAAAACUUCCAUCAGCGGCUCCGCAAUUUCUUCCUACUACGAAUUCUUUGAUUUCUGGAAUAAAACGUUGGAGUCCGAUGCUUGGAAGACGAUUGGCAUCACUUUUGGUUCCAGUUGAAGAACAAUUCUCAGAAGAAUUGGCACAAACCAUAAUGAGAGAAAGUAUCACUGAAGCAAUGGCUACUCUCAGAGAAGUUUGUUUACUUUUUUAA